AUGGCAGAAGCAAACACCAAGGUCCAGCAGAUCAUUAAGGACAACGCUGUUGUCGUCUUCUCCAAGUCCUACUGCCCGUACUGUCGCGCCACCAAGCAGGUGCUCAGCAAGAUUGGCGCCGACUUUAAGGCUUACGAGCUUGACCAGCUUCCCGACGGCGCUGCUAUGCAGGACGCUCUCGAGGAAAUCACUGGCCAGCGCACCGUUCCCAACGUCCACAUCAACCACAAGCACAUUGGUGGCAACUCUGACGUCCAAGACCUUUACAAGUCUGGCCAGUUGGAGAAGUUGUUGAAGGAGUCUGGGGCGCUUAAGGCGUAA